CCAAACUGUCAGCUGACUCUCAGAGCUUCUGUAUAAAAAGGGAGAAGUUUGUGACAAACUUCCUGCAGCAAAGAGGACAUUAAAGGCUCUAAAGAUGCGCAGUAUCUUUGCAAGCUGUGCAGUCGCAGCACUGCUGCUGGUUGCAGUCUGGGCAGACCACCACGGGCACCACGACCACCACGACCACGGCUCUAACCACAGCCACGACGGCAUAAUGAGCUGCCACAAGCUGUCUCCUCCUAACGCGGACUUUGCCUUUGCCCUCUACAAAGACCUGAAUGCCAAAACUGAUGCUGGAAAGAACAUCUUCUACUCACCGCUGGGCAUCUCCACCGUCCUUUCCAUGCUGUCUACAGGGGCUGGUGGUGACACCCACAGCCAGCUGUUCUCCACUUUGGGCUACAGCGCCUUAAAGCAGAAUCAGGUCAAUGAAGGCUUUGAGCAUCUUUUCCACAUGCUUGGCCACAGCCAGGAGAACCAGAAGCUGGAUGUUGGUAAUGCUGUUGCAGUGCGCAAUGAUUUCAACCCUCGGGAGGAGUACCUGAAAGAUAUCAAGCACUACUACUCUGGUGACAUCUUCAAGGUCGACUUUACGAAAGCUGAAGAAGCUGCAGCUGAGAUCAACAGAGUCAUUGCGGCUAAAACUCAGGACAAGAUAAAAGACAUGGUGAAGGACUUGGACCCUGCAAUGGCCAUGGUGCUGAUCAACUAUGUCUACUUUAGAGGACAGUGGGAGAAACCCUUCGAUGGUAACCUGACACAAAAGGCGGACUUCCAUGUGGACGAGACCAGCAAAGUUAAGGUAGACAUGAUGAGGAGGACGGGACGCUACGACUUCUACCAGGAUGCUGACAACCACACCACCAUCAUCAUGCUGCCGUACAAGGGAAACACCUCCAUGAUGAUUGUUCUGCCUGAUGAAGGCAAGAUGAAGGAGGUGGAAGACCGCAUCAACAAGCAGUACAUCCAUCACUGGCACGACUCGCUCUUCAGGAAUAGCGUGAAUCUUUUCAUGCCGAAAUUUUCCAUCUCUGCUGACGCCUCCCUGGAUAACACACUUAAAGCAAUGGGAAUAACAGACGCUUUUGAAAACAACGCUGAUUUCUCCGGCAUAUCUGAAGAGGUCAAGCUCAAAGUGUCAAAGGUGUCCCACCAGGCCGUGCUCAGCGUGGAUGAAACGGGAACAGAAGCUGCAGCCGCCACCACCAUCGAGAUCAUGCCCAUGAGUAUGCCUGAAACCAUGACACUCAACAGACCUUUCAUGCUCUUCAUCCUGGAGCACUCGACCAAGAGCAUCCUCUUCAUGGGCAAAAUCAACAACCCCACGGCCAUGUAAAGACGAGCGGGGGAACCUGCGUUACCUUUUUACACCGCAGUAGGUGUUUGUAGCUUCAGGACAUUGCCGCAAAGGAGUCGCCACGAUAUCAAGACCACCAGGGAAAAAUAAUGAAUAGAGGAUAGCUUGAAGAGUAGAGCAACAGAUACAUCAUCAAGUAACAGAAAUGUGUUCCAUGAAUCUGUCUGUUCGCAUUUAUCACAAUCUCGGUUUAUACAUGUCUAAAUACAUAAUUGUAGACUGUUUUAUAUGAUGCAGUUAAUAAAGAAACAUUAGCUGAUUUACUAUUUCAAGCAUCUGCUAAGACAACGUGUUAUUGUACUAUUUCUGUUUCAACAUGAAGUGAAAUAAAGACUUGUCGAGCAAUU